CCUUGGAGCCGGGACCCCUGCUCCCACCUGGAGGUCACAAGGUCUGAGGCCGAAGCCGUUGGCUGGGGGUCUGUCUGGGAGGAAGCCCCCCCAACCCUGUAUAAGCACGGGAGUCCCCAGGGUCCAGCUCACACGUCCAGGUGAGAGCCAGCUGGGGCCACGAGCCCCCUUGUGACCUGUCGCGGAAACAGCACCAUGGGCCCGCGGAAACUCACCAAAGGACUGUUACCACUCACUGGGGAGUUCCUCCAGGGAUGGGGCCACCAGGUUGGAAUGUCAUGACUUCUGACAGGCAGGGGAAAGACAGCCAUGGCUACCUAAUAGGCAGGAGGAGAUGGCAAUGGACCUUUGAGGAGCCGAUCACGUUCUGUUUCUUGACCUCUGUGCCAACAAUAGGAGAUGCCUUAUAGGUGUUUGCUAUAUUGCACGUUUCUGUCUUAGGCCUGCUAUAGUUCAUAAAGAUUCUGGCAUAAGUUUCUUUUUAAAAAAAAAAUCUGAUAGGUAGGGAGAGGGAGUUAAUGGAAGUCGGCUUUGCACAGUGCAAAUGCCUGGGGGUGACCGAGGUGUCCAAUGCAGGAAUCAGGGCUGCAGAACUGCUGGAUGGAGAGCUGUGGGGGCGACUUGAGGGGCCUUUAGCCCAGCUGUGUGUGCAUAAGCUGUCUGGCCUGCAGGCGCCCGGCCUCCCCUUCAACUGGCCUCCCCGCACACCCACCCCGGCAGGUGAUGCCGCUGUGAGCAACUGGUGGGGAGCCUGUUGACACAGGCUGUGCCAUUUUAGGACAUGCUCUUCUCAGGCCUGCCUUCAUCUUGCACUUCCGAGACCCCAGCUGUCGCCUUGCGCUGGACUCCCAUCUCUGGGAGUUGCUCCUCUAUUCAGAGGCUGGGCUGUGUUCCCUCACACCUGGGAGCAAAGUCUCUCUGGACCCCUAAGCGGUCCUUGUGCUCUCAGGCUGCCCUGCCAGGGCAGGGCUGCAGGUGAGCUGAGGGGCCGGCCAAGCCCUGGUCCUGAGUGGCGUCAGCUGGCCCAAGGCCCCAGGCUGGUUGGCAUUUUCCACAGGCCCCUGCCAGCACCCAGGCAGCCUGGCAGUGGCGGUGGGCACUGGCUUUCCCUCUGGCACUGGCCGAGCAGGCGCCAGGCCCGUACCUCCUGCGUGGCCCCUCCUGGCCUCCCCGCCUGCCAUUUCCUGCAGGGUGAGCCGUGUGUGUGUGUGUGUGUGUGUGUGUGUGUGUGAGAGAGAGAGAGAGAGAAAGAGAGAAACUGUGAGUCUGGGUCUGUACAGGGGGUCCUCAGCUCUGCCAGGGCUGAUGUAGACACGUUGGGCCCAGACUGGUGUGGGGCAGAGGGCAAUGUGUCUGGGCAUCUGGGGUCUGAUGCUGCCUGGAGCGUGUGGAUGAGUGGAGAGUGAGGGCUGUGGGCUCAGGUCCGAGGACCACUUGGCUUCAAAUCCAGCCCCGUUGCUUAGUUGUCCAAUCUAGGCCAAGUCCCUUCUCUCUGCCUCAGUUGCCCCAUCUGUAAAUGGGGUGAGAAGCAGUUCCCCCAUUUUAGAGGAGAGCGAACAUGCUCAGGGAAGUGGGACUCCUUCCUGCUCCCCAGCCGGAGAGCUGGUAUUUGAACCCAGUCUGAAUCCAGAGCCCAGGCCACUCAGCUGCCUCCAUGAGGAGGCAAAGGAGCCAGUGCCUGUCACCUUGGGGUGGAGCAGGUGGCCUGGCUGGACCAUCCCUGCUGACCCUGGGCUCUCAUGAGUGGCAGCGGUCAGGCGCCACCUCUGAGCCCCGCCCAGCAGCCAGGAAAAGUCCAGCCUCCAGCCAUGGGCAGGAGGUGGGCUCGUGGGGUGCUGUCCCAGAGCCCCGGGCUGAGGGGACCCAGCACCAACAGAGGGGCUUUGUGCAAAGGUGGGUGUGGGGGGAGGCAGGUGCCAGGGGCGUCAUCGUAUCGCGUGUGGGUGUGGGCUCUGGGUGCAGGCCCUUGUGUGUGGGGGGAGAGCAGAAGGGUGCAGUGUGUGGGUGGGAGGGGAGCAGGGCAGUGGGUGAGUGCAGGGGACACGCCGAGUGAGGGGGACCCAGUAAAACCCCUGCAGCCCACUGGUGGCCCACUAGGCCCUUCUAGGUGUGGGGGCUCAGAGGCCUCUCCUGGAAAGCCCCCCUCCCUGCUGUUGCGCUCUCCCCACUCUCGCCCCUCUGCACCCCGCCAUGCUGCCUGUGCAGCAGGCCCAACUCCUCAGCCAGAGGUACUGGGAGGGGCUGGCCGGGUAUGGGGCCUUCUGGACUAGGUUCCAGGCGUCCUGAGUCACUGCUGUCCCCAGCCAGCCCAGUGUGGUCCACAGACUCACAGGAGGAGCUGAGGGCUGGGGCCCGGACCCGCCCCCAUCCCGGGGUUUCCCAGGCCUACCUCUCCUGGCCCCCAGUACUCGGCCUCUCACCAAGCCCCCUGCGCCGGGCCCAGUCCCGAGCUCAUCUGCCCACGCUGAGGAGUGGAGAGGCCACCAAGCCCCGGGCACCCUCUUGCAAUCUUUCCCCCUCUACACCCUGACCAGUGCCCCCCCAAUUCUGUCCCCUAAGGGUAGAGUCAGUGCAGCUGGGGCAGAGCAGGAGAUGGAGAUGCAGCUGGGAGGCCCUUGGGCAGCAGGAGGGCCCCGGCUGAGCCUUCAGGAAACGGCGUGGACUCUCGGACAGGCUGAGCAGCGGUGACCCAUCCCUGUGUGUCACCAUCCCUCACGGAGGGAGGCUCAGGCCUGCACCUGCGAGCCCUGCAAAGGGCCUAUGGUGUGGUCCCUGUGCUCUCUGGGGUCAGCGUCAUUGUCACCUGUCUCAUGUCUCCUCUGGGGGCCCCACCCCCGUGGGACACAGUGAUACUGUCCGCUACACUGUUCCCUUGCCACUUGCCUCUGUAACAUUCUGCCUCCUUCCAGUAACACAGUAACUCAUAGUCGCCCCUGCCAGCUACGCCCACAUUUCUGGGCCUGGCUCCCCCUACCCAGCUGUGUUUAGGCUAGGCCUGGGGUGCCCCCUGCCCCUCACCAGCUGCCGGGGGGAGCAGCUGAGCCCUCCAGGCCUGGCGCCAGGGCCUCGGUCCCUGACAGGGGUGGAGGAGCCUUGGGGGGCUAGGUGGGGGCCUGUCCCAGCUGUCAGCACCCAUGAUGGAUGAGGGGUGGGACAGGGAAGAGGCCAGGGGCUGGACUCCUCCCGAGGAGGGAGGUAGGGGCUGGCCCCCUGGGGUCUGCAGCCGAGCCUCUGCGACUCACAGCAGGGGGCAGGGGGCUGGAUGAGGGCCCCCACCCACCAGGAGUGUUUAAAAGCCCAAAGGGUGCAUACCCUCCCACCCUGCCAGCAUCAUGGGCACCAGGUCCUUCCCCGUGGCCCUUUUUCUGCUCUGCCUGACUUCUGAAAGCCUGCAAGGGGGUGAGAGCCGGCGGCAGGGCUGCUGGCGGGUCUGGGCAGCUGAGGUUGGGCCAGGUGCUGGGGCUCCGGAGACAGGGAGGGGAGGGUCUGUGAGGUCUGGGCCGGGCAGGGUUUGGGGGAGGCUGGGGUUUAGAUGCCUGGGUCCGGCCUCUGCCCUGAGUCAGCACCCCCUACCAUCCCUAGGGCUGCCUCCACCAUCUGCCGGCCUAGGGAAGGGUUUAGGAGGCUCCAUUGGCUACCGAUCAGGCUACGGCCCCCCCAGUGGUCUAGGAGCAGGCCUUGGAGGGAGUGUGAAGCCCCAGAGGCCAGGGUUUAGGCCUGGCAUUGGGCUGGGAGUCAGGGCCUUUCCAGGAGCUGCAGCCCAGCCAGGAUACGGAAAUGGGCUGGGAGCUGCCACCUUCCCGCAGCUGGGAGCCCAGCCGGGAGCCCAGCCAGCCCCACCUGUGUCCCCAGGGUUUGGGAGCAGAAAUGGUUUCGGUGUUGCCUUUCCUGGGGCAGGAGCACUGCCAGGAAUUGCCGGGAGUGUGAAACCUCCAAAGCCGGGAUUCAGCAACAGGAAUGGGAUGGGAGCUGGGGCCCUCCCAGGAGCUGGAGCCCAGCAAGGACCCAGCAUUGGCGAUGGCCUGGGGGCCCAGCCAGGCUUUGGAGCCGGAGGAAGACUCCAGGCGCCAGGGUUCGGGACCGAGAACGGAGCCCAGCCAGGCCUUGGAGGACCCAAAGCUGGGAAGCCAGGUUCUGCAACUGAAAAUGGCUACGGACCAGACUUUGGAGCAGACGUGAAACCCCAGACACCAGGAUUUGGGAAUGGCAACGGGCAGGGAGCCCAGCCAGGCCCCCCAGCUCAGAACAGCUAUGGAGCAGGAUUUGGGAACGGGCUGGGAGCCCAGUCAGGCUCUGCAGCUGAAAAUGGCUACGGACCAGGCUUUGCAGCAGGCCUGAAACCCCAGAAGCCAGGAUUCGGGACCAGCAACGGACUGGGAGCCCAGCCAGGUCUGGGAGGGGGUUUGAAGCCGCAGAAGCCAGGUCCCUGCAGUGGUAGGGUCCCUCCACUGCUUCUUGCCAGGCCUCCCACUCCGGGGGUCCCUUCUGAGAAAGAGGGUGGCUGGGGCCUGAAAUCCCAGCCCCCUCCCCCAGUGCAGGACGGCAAUUUCCCAGUACCUUCUCCAGCCAUCCAGUGGGGACCGAAGCCUCCGAAAGCGGACAGGGAGAGUUCCUUCCUCCUUAGAGAACCUAAGGUCCAGACUGGGCCUGCAAGGAGCUGGGGAGAGUCUGGGUCCUCCCCAGGGAUCUGCAUUUUCCUCACAGGGUACCAGCCUGCGCUCGGCUACAGACCAGGAGUGGAACUGGGCUUCAGCGGUGGCUUUAAGCCCCAGAAAGUCGGUUUUGGUUACAGGAAUGGUGCUCUGGGAGCUGGGCUCUUCCUGGAAGCCCGCCCACAGCCAGGGUUCCCUGGGGCUGAUGGCUUUAGGAAUGGGUUCAGGGGGGAGGAAGCACUGGUGCACCCCGAAGUGGCAGCUCCAGCCCCUGAAGGAAAUGGGGUUUCCCAAGCCAGCUCUGCUCCUUCAGGUCAGGCCAGGGCCCUGAGGGGCUCUCCCUGGCCCUCCCUGCACUCCUGGGGGGCUGCCCUGAAGGCCAGAUAUGGAGCUGGAAAUGCACUUCCAGAGGUCCAGAGCCAGCCAGGACGCUGCCCUCUCGGGAAGUGCUGAGCUCCGCUGAGAUCCACGGCCUGUCCUGAAGGCCUGUGUUGGAGCCUGGUCAGCUAGGCAAGACUGGCCGUACCCUGGGGCUCAGUCUCUGGCCUGGGGGCUCCCGUGGCUGGAAGUGUCAAUAAAGGCAGUGAGCUUC